AUGCACACUCAACCAGAGUAUGGACUUGACAUAGCCUUAGCAAAUGAACUUCAAAAGUCUUUUGCAUGGGUGCCUCCACUCACUGGUGACUCUCACAACUCAGACAAUGAAUUUCUUGCAGGCCUGGAGUCAAUAACAGAUGAAGAGCUGCUCAAAGAAUUCAGCAGGUUCAAAAAUGAGAUGCUGGAUUCAUGCCAUGGCUUGCAAGAACUUGAAGGUACUUGUGAAGUCCCAGAUAUUUUUGACAAAGGUGUUAUUGAUUGGAACGAGCUGGAGAAGGUUGAUAAAGGAAUCACACCUGUGGGAUUUAUUGAGGAAAUUGAUGUGGUUGGCCAUGGGUCACAAGGCAUGGAGGCAGUCUGGAACAUUGACACACUAUUGUUAUUGGAGGGUGUAGCAUCCAUGUAA